UAUUUAUGUGACGUCACAGGUCAUAGUUGAUAUCGUCACAAACAGGAACAACAUGGAGUCGGAAGAAAGAAGAGUUGUCUCGAAAGCGACUAAAAAAGGGGGAAAAUACGCCAAGCUGCUGUGUGAAGAAGAAGCAAGGAGGUUUUUCAUAAAGUCUUUUCAUUUGAGAGAAUCGAUCCGGGAGACGCUGAGGGAAAGACUGGAAUUGGAGAAGAGAGCUUUGCAAGUGGUGGAGCGUCUGCUGGAGGACAGCGUGUGUGAGGACUUCUUGCUCGACUGUGCCAAGUUUAUCACCAGUGCUAAUUACAGAGAUGCUGUGGAGGAAAGAUUCAUUACCAAAUUGUGUGGUUAUCCUUUAUGUUCAAACAAACUGGGAAAGAUCCCAAAGCAACAGUACACAAUCUCGACGAAGACUAAUAAGGUGUAUGAUAUCACAGAGCGCAAGUGUUUCUGCAGUAACUUUUGCUAUAAAGCAUCCAAAGAAUUUGAGCUGCAGAUAUCAAAGGCACCACUUUGGCUCAGGCAGGAUGAGCGACGCCCAGAAAUCAAGCUGAGGAAGAAAGGAGACAUUGGAAGUUCUGGUGAGGAGGUGUGUCUGACAGCCAAGUGUCUCCAGGAGGAGGAUAUUGAACAACCGCUGAGCAUUCAAUGCGAGGACCCUCAGGAGCGUUGCUACACAGCCGGCUGCAACGACGACGACUACAGCAGCGAUGACGAACGGGAGCAGGACUUCAUUUCUAGCGUGGUCUCCCGGGAACGCAGAUCCAGGGUGCACUGGGGUGACCGGCCAAGACGUAAAAACGAAGGUGAGGGAGUUGGACGGGGGGAGGCAGAGAGGAGACGGUGUCAACAAAAGCAGAGAGCAGAAAAGGAAGACACAAUGAGACGGGAUGAGUCUUUUGAGACCAACCGUGAAGAAUCGCGCGAGGAAGCCAAAGUGGAAGAGGUGAUGGGUCAACUGGUUUCAUGCAGCCUCCACACGGCAUCGCCAACUCCAGCCUCUCCCAUGAAUGAAUCAACUCACUCGAGAGAAACCGGUUCACCGGCCGAGUUAAGCGCAGACAGUCGGCCGAGCCUCGACAUCAUCCAGGUGGGGGUGAGCAAGCGAGGGGUGUCGGGGUUACGGGGUCUUCUCAAGAACCACGCCCCCGAAGCAAAACACAACCUGAUUGGACACAGUCUCCUUGAAUCCUUGAGAGCGACCCUGAACGAAUGGCUCACAGAUGAGAGCCUUAAAUUCCUGCACGGCGCUAACUGUACACUUGACUCUCCCUCUACAUACCUGAAAGAAGAAGAAGAAGAGGAGGAGGAAGACGAGGAACUGGAUGAAGAUGACCUUGAGGAUGAUGUGACCGAGGUCAGUGGAAGAGCGGAGCGGAGAACCACGGCGGCGGCUCCAGACUAUGAGGCUCUCAAAAGGGAAACCCAGCAGAUGGUGCUCAAAGUCAGAGAGUUUUACAAAGGCACCUGGAUUAUGCCUGAGGAGCCACAGAGGGUGAAUGGAAACGAGGACCAGAGCACAAGUGACUCUCCGGCUCUGCCACUGGUUGACUCCAAAGCUCAGCACCUCAUCCAGAAGCGAAUCACAGUGGAGAAGCUCGCCAGCUGUCUUAGAAACAUUUUGGGUCCGCUGAGUCUCACCCUGAGUGACAUCACCAGUGACCUCAACAACCUGGUCAGGACAUUCAGGUUUACCAACACCAACAUCAUCCACAAACCUCCAGAGUGGACCCUCAUCGCCGUAGCGCUUCUCCAUCUGUUGUCGUAUGUGUCUCCAGUGGUUGCCGAAGCCUUGAAGACGCCGUCGUCAAUCUCGUACGUAAACACCCUGAUGGAGGAACUGGGCCUUCAGCAGCAAGACCUCUUGAACCUGCUCCAGGCAUUUAAACCCCCACCGCACUGACAGACUCACAUUCCAGUUCAGGGAAUGGCCACUUACUGUAUCAUGGGUUCUGUAAUUGAACCAAAUAAAGGUAUUGAUUAUAUUUUUGUUUAUUCAA